AGACAACCAAAAGCCAGUGUGUAAACGGCGUCACAGAGAAUUUCAAGUGAAGGGAGGAAACGCCUCAAACGUAUUUAAGCAGUUCAGAGACAGACAUCUGAAUUCAGGAUUCAGUUAGUUCACAUGUCAAGAGGGGAUACUUUUGGAUCCCUUUUGUUUGGAUUUGUCAUCAUAAAAAGAUCCACUGAGAUUACUGCCUGGUACAUAGGGCAUAGUCGACUGAACGUAUAAAGACUGUAGAUAAGAAACAUUUACAGGAAGACAUUAUAAAAGACAGUAGUAGAAAGAAGAGAAUUUUGGGACUAUGAAGGAUUAUGAAGAAACCACUGUUUUCCUGGGUCAGUGGGGACGUUUUCAGCAGAUCAUCUUCUUCCUGCUCUGUGCCAGCACUGUCCCCAAUGGAUUUGGAGCUUUAUCCAUCGUCUUUUUGGCCGACAUUCCCAGUCACCACUGCAUGAUUCCUGAGGUUAAUUUGACUCAAGAAUGGCUCAAUGCUAUCAUCCCUGUAAAGGUGGUGAAUGGAAAACAGGAGCUGAGCAGGUGCAGCAGGUACAGGCUUGAUGUCGUGAGGAAUUUCUCUGCUCUGGGGUACAUUCCUGGCAGGGAUAUCAACCUCACUGACCUGGAGGAGGAGGGCUGUGUGAAUGGGUGGAGCUACAGCAGAGACGUCUACCAGUCCACCAUAGUCUCUGAAUUUGACCUGGUGUGCAGUGAGCAGUGGAAACAGCCGCUCACCUCCACUCUUUACUUCCUGGGAGUUCUUGUUGGAUCUUUUACCUCAGGACAGCUCUCAGACAGAUAUGGAAGGAAGCCCGUCUUUUUUUUUACCAUGGCAGUUCAGACAAUUUUUACCAUUGUGCAAAUCUUCUCCCCUUCAUGGACGGUGUUCUCCAUCCUCCUCUUCCUCAGUGGUUUGGGACAGAUAGCCAACUACAUUGCCGCUUUUGUGCUGGGAACAGAGACCUUGACUGGCAAUGUACGGAUCAUGUUUGCAUCACUGGGUGUGUGUAUGGGCUUUGCCAUCGGCUACAUGAUGCUGCCUCUCUUUGCUUAUUUUUUAAGGUCAUGGAAAUCUCUCUUGCUGGCUAUCUCUCUGCCUGGCCUGCUCUACAUCCCUCUCUGGUGGUUCCUCCCAGAGUCACCACGAUGGUUGCUCUCUCAGGGAAGAAUAGAAGAGGCAGAGGCCAUAGUGAGAAAUGCUGCUAAAAAGAAUAAAGUUGAGGCUCCACAGGUCAUAUUUGAACUUUACAGUGCUGAUGAGAAAAAGAUGCUGUCUAAAAACGAAAAACACCACAAUGUCCUUGACCUGAUAAGAACCAGUAACAUUAGAAGCACAACACUCAUUCUCUGCCUUUUGUGGUUCACGCUUAGCACUGGCUAUUAUGGCCUGUCCCUGAACGCAACACAGCUCGGCACUAACCCCUAUAUCAGCUGUUUCAUCUCAGCGGCUAUAGAGGUGCCAUCUUAUAUUUCCAGCUGGCUUAUACUGCAAUACUUUCCACGACGACUGUCUUCCAGUUGCACAAUGCUCCUGGGAGGAGUGUCCCUGUACUUCAUUCAGCUGGUGCCUACAACUUUAACAGAGUUGUCUGUUGCCCUGGAGAUGCUGGGUAAAUUUGGCUUUGCCACCAGUACAGCCAUGAUCUUUGCCUACACAGGAGAGCUUUACCCAACUGUGCUCAGAAACACAGCAACAGGCACAUGCUCUUCAUUUUCCAGAGUUGGCAGCUGCACUGCACCAUUUUUGUUACAGCUGCGUGUAUACUCUAGGUACCUGCCUUAUAUUAUACUGGGAACUCUGGCUGUUGUGUCUGCUUUUUGCACCCUUUUCCUUCCAGAGAGCUUUGGACAACCUCUACCUGAAACUAUUCAACAGAUGCACAAGAAAAAAAGGAUAAAUUGUCCCUGCAUCACUCGAAAAGACACACCAAAACCUGUGGUGCUUUUGGAAAGUCAACUGUGAUUCUGUUAUAUAUACAUAUAUAUAUAUAUUUAAUCAAGGUGUUUAAUAAUACAUAUUAAAACUGAGU